AUGAAGCGUUCAUUCUUUAGUAUUCCUCCAGAAAAGCGCGCUCGCUUGCGUUUGGACGCUGUGGUGGUCUUGUUAGAGCGACCCAGCUAUCCGAGUCAGUUGUUAAUUGGCUACAGCGGUGGUGUCUGUGUGCUUUACGACCUACAAGGCGAGCGAGUUUUGGCCCUUUUGCCUUGCCAGUAUGAACUUGAAUCGGCGGCGUGGUGUGGAGGCAGUGGGAUGCCGGUUAGGGGGGCAGCAGUCAACCCAACAGCCACACCGCCUCAUUUGGGUACUCGCGUAAUCACUGCGUACGGAAACGGUUCCCUGGGUGUAUGGCAAAUACCACUAUUUGCCACCGGGCCCGGUUUGGCCACUGAGUUGGGGCCUCAGACACUCCAGAUGAUGGAAUCGCCUAGCAUGCCUUACGGUCCGUUUCCCUGCAAACUGAUCGGUAAGGUCUUUUGGCUACUGUCUCAUGAAGGCGGAAUAACAAUUUUCACGGGUGGAAUGCCGCGCUCUAUCUACGGUGAUCGAAAUACCGUCAGCAUUUUGCGUGGGUCUAAUUUGGAUCAGGCUGCUGCAGCAAAUAUAGCCGCCGCUCUGCGAGCUGACAGCGAGGGAGAUGCAGCAGUGGGUGAGGAUGUGUGUGACACUGGCAUGAAUGCCGACAUUCUUCUGCCUAACGGUCUUGUACCCGGGGCUCCGGUGCAUGUCUUCGAUUCUGAUGCACCAGAACAUGUCUGUCUGGACCUACCCUCCCCUGUGGUCGAUGCCUGUCCGUUGGGUACUGCAGGAGGUCCUGCCACCGGGCUGUUGGUACUGUGCGAGGAAGAGCUAAUUGCGGUUGACUUGCUCACUCCUGGAUGGCCACUGCUUGAGCUGCCAUACCUUAAUUGCCUCCACGCCUCAUCUCUCACUGCCUAUGGUCUCUUCACUCAGGUGAAUCCCGCCUUCUUGGAAGGCUUGGAGAGUCUUGGC